UGGGUCUGGCUUUGGUCAUUUGGUCUUUCUCGGCUUGGAAUGGUGUUUUUGUAUAUGUAGUUAAAAAAUCUCUGCAUAGGAUGCCAGGAUGUCUUAUAUUAAAUAGCUGAUCAUUAAGGAUACAAUGAAAACUUUGUUACUGUUGUUGUUUUCAUGUGUGGUGUCGAAGGCAAAUAAUAGUUUUUACGAUGUGAUAUGUGACGAAAGUAUGGACAGGGGUCUAUAUUUUGAGCCUGUUGCUUGUGUUCGAGGGCGAUUCUUUUUGAAGUGGUGUGACAGUGCCUUAGCUAACAAGAAUGGCACCAAGUGGAACCUACGCUUGGACUAUGAUGCGUCGUUGAAGCCUGAACAGUGCAAUAAAUAUUUAUACGACAGCUUCAACAAACAUUCAAACUUCGAGGUACCUGUGCAGGUCAACUUAAAUUGCACAAAUGUUUGUUACACUGCCACUCUGGAUGCAAUAUUCAGCUCAACAUGCUACAAAAUCAUCACAAAGCAACUCACUGUGACUCCAGACAGGGUGUAUCAUAUUCCUGUUACCUCUCCACUAGCUGAGUACACACACUAUCAAUAUGUCAGGGAGAAUGUUACCAGCACAACACUUACAAUCCAAGAUGUCACUACAAUGGGAGCUAAUGCUAAUUAUCAGAGUAACGGGGAGGAGGUGAUACUUGAUUGGUUCCCUGGCAUUCCUGCAUCUCAGUAUGAGGUGUUCAUCAGUCCUAAUGGCACUGAUACUACUACUGAAAACAAGGUGUACAUGAACUGCAGCAUCGUGUGGCAUAAGGAAAAGCACUGCAACUCCUUGUCACCCCAGAAAGUGAACUGCCGCGCGCGCGCCAACGAGAGCUGCUACAGCGCGCAGUUCAAACACGAGGCACCGUGGAUCUCGCUGCACACGCAUCCAUCCAUCAACUUCCACUACACCUUCUGUCACAAUCUGUCGGCGUCCCUGAAAGGGCCGGACAGGCCGCUCAUCAGUCCGCAGCUGUGGUGGGUGCUCGUGGGCAUCGGCAGCGCCUUCCUUCUAGGCCUGCUCGCGCUGCUGGCGCUGCUGCUGUGCCGCGCGGCCAGCGCCGGCCAACUCCGGCGGAACAUACUGCGCAGCUGGAUCGACGACAUCACUCGGCGCCUGGAGCGUCCGCGCGAGACGCGUGCGGCGGAGCGCAUCCUGCUGCUGUACGCACGCGACUGCGCGCACCUGGAGCGCGCGGCGCGGCACCUCGCCGCGCUGCUGCAGCAACUCACGGGCUGUGAGGUUAUAGACUUGUAUAGCCCGGAAACUGUGGCGGCGUCCGCGCCGGCCGCCGGGCCGUGGCUUCGGGCGCUGCUACUGCGUACCGGUACGCGCGUGCUACUGAUACAGAGCCCGGCCACCGACAUGUACUGCGCGAGACUCAAGGAGGACCAGCAGGGCUCGCCCACGCUUGAAGCGCCGCUGCUGGGCAGCCGCGUGGCGUGGCGGCGGCCGCACGCGGCGGACGCGCAGCUGCUGCUGGCGCUGCGGCUGCUGGCUGACAGCGCGCACCACGAGCCGCUGCCCUACAAGAAGUACUACGUCGCCACCGUGGCGGGCCUGCAGCACGGGGACGUGGUCCCGGCCCUCACCCCGCAGCGCCGCUACCCCCUCCCGCACGCCGCCACCAUCCUGCUGCGGGACCUCGCGCCGCCCUCCCACCCCACCAGCGACCUCCCGCUCAACCCUGCGGCGCAGCAUCUUCUAGAACUAUUCACGGAAGCUCUUGAAGACUUCCACAAGUUCGCGCGCGAUAACCCGGACUAUCUAUUUCAAGACCUAGUGCUCGAGUGAUGGGACCAACUGAGGCAAUCAGCAUGAGAAUCGUAACCCCUUCAAUAAUGGAAGGGGCUUUUUUCUGGUAAUAAUGCGGUGGACACUCCGAUUUUUCUGCAUACAUGUUACUACUACUAAGGCGCAAAGCUCAUCAAUAGAGUUACAAAGGUCAAGGCGUAGGUUAAAUUGUAGAUAUUAAUCAUCUCCAAGAGCCCUCCCCCCUUCCCCCUUCCUACAUAUUCUACCAACCUGCUUCUUUUUUGAAGUUGGUGAAAAAUGAAAUAGGAGAUCGAUUUUUUUUAUAUUAUUAUUAUACAUAUAAAACUGACUAUUGCUGACUGACUAGACUUUCUAUAUAUGAAAUCAUAAUAACAUAAUAAUAUGUAAGUAUGUAAAUGGAUUUGUAAUUUGUAUAAGCAAAAUGUGUAGUUCGUCGUUAUAGUAAGGAGAAACAUGCGUAAGAAGUUCUGACCAGGUGUUUUGUAUUAUGUUUGUCUGUACUCUGUAUGUAGUAUUUAUUAGUUUAAAAAUAGUUCGUACCGAAUUACCACCUUUAUUUGAAUCUAGGUCAGUAGAAACAUAUCACGUAGGCAUUUACAUAAAAUUUAUAAAAAAUCCGUCAAGUGCGAGUCGGCGUUGCACACGAAGGGUUCCGUACCCUCGUACAAGAAAUAACACUUUUUAAUUUUUCUGCCGGCUAUUUUGAAACGUUUGUUAUUUGUUGUUAUAGCGGCAAUAGAAAUAAACAUUUUGCGAAAAUUUCAGCUCACUAUUUAUUACGGUGUAUGAGAUAUUAUAGCUCGCUUAUAAUAGACAGAUGGACUGACAACUGGACGGAAUGGAGAGGAGACUUAAUAAUAGGGUCCCUGUUGGCACCCUUUGGGUACAGACUCCUAAAAACUGAAUAUUUUUAUAUUUAGUUGUAUCUGCUGCAAAGAGUUAUCGAAGAGAUAAAGCGAGGGGUCAAGAUACUAUUGUUUACAUUCGACUUAUCUCGAGAUUGCAGCGCUUGUGGAUACAACUUGACGCUGGAUUCUAGCUUUUGUGUGUUUAAUUUUAAGAUCUAUUUUGGAUCAACUAUCAGUAGAAAGUGUCCUAACUUAAAAUUUUACAAUUUUAAGUUUUUCACGUGACGUUAUCAAAAACUAACAAUAUAGUUUACAUUUUUGUUAAAAAAGUCCUCAUAAGAUCUUUUUGGAGGGUUUAAAGAAAUAUAAAGAUAAUGAAAUACAAAAUGCACUUUAAAAUUAUUCAAGUCUGAUUUUCAAGAGAUUUACAAUUUUUAUGUGUACUGAAAACUAGUUUAUACUUAAAUCCUUUCUUAGUGGAGAGUCUGUUAUAGGAAAAACAACAUACAUGCAAAAUCUCUCGUUUGAGUCACUGUGCACUGGUUUAAGGUAUAUCAGUUAGUUAGUUUCUCCCUUUAUAGAUUUAGGUUAGUUAGAAAUAGGUUAUAGUGUAUAUCUAUGUCAAUAUGAAUAACAAAGAUAGAGGAGAUUAAAAUAGAGUGUGAAAGUAAUUUUGAAUGGACUUGGCAGGUUUCCCGCUUUUAUACAUUCAGGGUUGAUUUUUCAAUCGUCAAAUAAUUUUUAUCUGAGGAAUAAAUUUGAGGGUUUGUCAGUUUUUGUGUAGGAAAUCUGUCAAUAUGUUAAAUUUAUGCCUCAGAUAAAAGUUAUUUGACGAUUGAAAAAUCGGUUCCUAACAAAAAUUUUUGAGCAAAACUAUUUUUCCGAUUUGGGGUUCAAUUUUUAAAAGAUAAAUAAUCAAUUAUUAUCAUAUUAGCAAAUCGCUAACGCGACCUUGAAGUUUUAACCCAUCCAAAAUUCGCCAAACGCGCCUAAGAGCCACUACACGCGGUCGACUAGUCGCGCUCGCGCUGCGACUGCGCAUAAUUAAAUAUAUCAAAAAUUGCGAAACUGGCAGGAUUCGAACCUGCGUCUUCUGGGUUCGCGCCCGAUGCUCUGACCGCUAAGCCACGGCAUCGGGCGGAAUACGGGAUCGGUCAAAAAUUAUUUAGAAAUUUUCUUGAAGUGUCGGUAAAAAACACUAUCAUAAACAUUAUGAAAAUAUGUAUAGACUUUCAUAUAAUUUACAGAAUGUAGUGGUCGCCGUCGACUGUGUCUCCAGGCGUCUUGCGUGAUGGGUCUAAAGAAUUUUUCACUCCAAUAAAAUUGUAGUUUUGUGGAUUAGGUAGCUUUAGUUGGUGGCGCCUGUUAUCUGCUGCUAACGGUCACGCCACGAGCCGCAUCGCACCCAAAUUAUUCCGUAACGUAAACAAUCAUCGCUGUAUUAAACGCUGUAUUUUUUACGCUAAGUUUUAUUAUGAACAGAAACACCCAGAAAUAACGACCUGAAAGACUCAGUCUUCGAGGGCCAGACCUUCGUUAUUCUAUAAAAGCUGAAAGUUUCUCUGCGUAUUGUUCCCAAUUAUAAUGUAUAUUUUAAGAUAUACAUUAAAAUCAAAAUUUAUCAGUGGUAGAUGCAUUUGACGAUUCAAAAGUACCUAUUUGUAAAAGGUUAAUUGAAUAAAAAUAUUUUGAUUAGUAAAUUAUUAAUUAUUCAUUUUCGUAAAUAAUAAAAUAACCUUUUUUUUACAAUUAUAUUAAAGUAAGGCAAAGUCACACAACAUUGUGAUAUACGUGAUAUAUUUUUGUAAAUUGCUGUUUCUACACUACAAAGAGGUAAACAUUGUAUGUUUGGAUGUAAGGGAUGAUCUCCGGAACUAAUGAUAUGAUUCUAAAAAUUCUUUACCUGAUAGAUAGCCACAUUAUUCCCAAGUGCUACUUAUAGGCUAUAAGUUGUAUGUAAUAUGUCGCAAGGACAUGAUGAAAUGAUGAAACGCAUAAAGGGCAUCUAUUUAUGUUCUAACCUAACCUAACUUUAAUUUUGGCAUUCUUCUUCUUUUGGGAUUUUGCGAUUAAAUCGAAUGUGGCUCAGAGCAAAAUCUACUCAAUUUGAGUUGUUAUUAUAACGUCUGCCGGAAUUUGAUCAUAUCCAUAAGAGAUUUGAUCAUAUCUCUAAAGAAAUUGAUCAAAUCCCGGUUUUAUCAUUUCCCUGUGACAUAUCAUAUACCGCGGACGAAGUAUAUAAUAAUAAAACAAUCUAUUUUAUUUACUAUUUAUACUAAAGUAAGCCAAAGUCUUAACAUCACAAUAUUCGUGAUAUAUAUUUUUUGUAAAAUGCUUUAUUAGGGCAAUUUGUACAACUACAAUAUUUUUAAACUUUACAAUAAUUGUUUUCUAUGAUGAUUGAUGAGGUAUAUUGUAAUUUGUAAGAAAAAAAAUGUUCUUAUAAACAAGCGUUUCAGUUAGAUCCAUAAGUUUUAAUAAGUAUGUGGAUUGUAGGUAAGCUACUAGACGUUAUUUUGUGCAUUUAGGAAAUAGUUAUGAAAAUGUUGUCUGUCAAAGUGAAGUCAUAGUAAUCAGCCCUAACACCAAACUUGUAGAUAUCCAAUUUUGACGGAAAAGCUUGCAUUUCGGACAUUGGAUGCUUUUUAUCCCGGAAAAUCCAAGAGUUGGCGGAGAACUCCUAAUGUUAUGUGACUAAUGGAAAGCGGUCGCGACCCUCAGCAAUGACAAUAUAAAUACGACUAGAAAUAAUAAAAAUAAGAGCAUUAGUUUAGCGGAUUAUAGCAAAUCUAGAUGAUGCCCGCGACUUGGUCCUCGUGGAUUCCGGUUUGUUAAGAACCCUGUGGGAGCUCUUUGACUUUCCGGGAUAAUAAACCUACCUAACCUUUGCAACCUCUCGCACUGCCAAGGGGCACUGGUAGAGAUAGAUCUCUUGGAGAUAAGUGCUCCCCUGUCCACUUUUCCUCUUUAUUGUUAUAACUUUCUGGUACAAAUAAAUAAAAAUUUAAAAAAGUAGCCUACGCCCGUCUCCGGGAUGUCAGCUAUCCGUCUAAAUCAGUUAAAGUUUAAAGUUUAAACGGAUGAGCUGUGAGAAACAGACAGACAGCCACACUUUCGCCUUAUUAGUAUGGAUAACCUUGCUGUUCCGUGGGUGACAUUGAUAGCUGGCAAGUUUGGUGAUAGGGCUGCUGUGUAUAUAAAGUGCUGACCCCUGAUUUGUGUAUAUAGUUGUUUUCUUUAUAGAGAUGGUCUAAAUUAAAAUUGCGCGCCUAAAAAUAUAAGAGAAAUAAGUAUGGAAAAAUUUAGAUUUGGUUGUGCAAUUAUAAUUUAGGAUUACACUUAUUUGAUAUGGUUUGAUUUUAUGAAAGUUGCCAACGGUACACACGACUGCAAUAUUAUGUAGAUUGUAACGUGGAACGCCAUAUAAACAAAACGUACCAACAAUUCAAACCUUGAAAACAAAAAUGGCAUAUCCAAAAAAAAUUGUAGCUAGUUUUAACAGUGAACUUGGUAGAACACAGAUUUGAGUUUUGGGAAAAGUUGGAAAAGUUUAUUUACUUAGCGGGUAAUUUUUGUAAAAUCAAGUCUUCUUUUUCGCUUUAUGCUGUAUAAAAUAUGUCAAUUAUUGUUACAGUUUUGUUAUUAAAUGUACAAGACGUGUACCAUAAACA